UCAAGUAGAAGUGAAGAAACUGAAGAAAAAGUAGAAAGUUUGAUCUCAGCCAACUCAACUUAAGAUUGCAGACAUAAGCAUGUGGGAGUUUCUUUUAUUUUAUUAAUGUUGGAAGUCAAAUUGAGUUUACUUUAGUUUAGUUUAUUCAUCUUCUGUUGUUCACCAGCUCAUAGGCACAGAAUUUUAUAAUCUCAGGUAGGAAAAAGAGAUCAGUAUUUGAGGCUCCUGGGAAAAUGCUUCUCAGAAGCUCAUCAGCCCCAGUUAUUGGAAGCCUGCUCUUCCCUUUCUCUGAUAGUCCAAACAAAGAUCUUGAUACUACUUACAGGUUACUUCAUGGUAACCAUGAUGGAAAAGUCUACUUCCAUGGUCAGGAAAACCUCAACUUGACACCAUUUUCACAUGCUUCUUCUCCAUUGUCUCAUUCAAUUUCAGGGUUCCCUCAAUGCAAUCAAGAAUCUGGUAGUUUUCGCCUUAAAGGUUUAAGAAGAGCUAAGUCUGAAGGAAGCUUAGAAAGAUUAGAUUAUAGUUCUUGUGAUAUAGCUCAGUUUGUUGAUUCCAGAACACCAAAGAAAUCUUUCUACAGGGAUCAUAUAACCAUGUUGCAUAGUGUACCAUCUUUUUCGAUAUUUAAUGAGGGACUUGAAGAUGGACAACUAGGGGAGGAGGCAUUGGAGAGAACAGUUACAAUUGAAGAGAGCAUUGAUGCUGUGGGCAAUGCAGAUUUCAGCUUUGGGAAAAAGUCUAUGGAAUUGAUUCAGGAAGAAGGAGAGGAGGAAGAAGAAAUAUCAAACAGAAUUCAAAGUUCUAACAAUCAAGAAGUUGAACUUGAACCACCUAGUCCUCCCAUGUAUCUUGCUACAGGUCUUGGAAUUGAUGGUGUUGGAUUUGGUGCCAUGGCUGAUGCUGUUGAUUUUGGUUCAAUGGAUCUUGAUGAGGAUGGUGAUCCUGAAGAGUUUCAUAAGAGGCUGGUUGAUGAGUACCCCUGUCAUCCUUUGUUCCUAAGGAAUUAUGCUAAAUUCUUACAGUCCAAGGGAGAUCUUCAAGGAGCAGAGGACUAUUAUCAUCGAGCGACACUAGCAGAUCCUGAAGAUGGUGAAAUUCUCUUGCAGUAUGCCAAAAUAGUAUGGGAUUGGCACAAAGACAAAGACAGAGCCCUUAGUUACUUUGAACGUGCAGUUCAAGCUUCUCCUCAAGAUAGCAAUGUCCUUGGAGCAUAUGCUAGUUUCCUCUGGGAAAUAGGGGAUGAUGGAGAGGAACAUGGCAAACCACGAGAAUACCCGAAGGUGAUAUUUGACUCUUCACGACUUAUAGAGCAGUUAUUUCCAUUUUCCUGUAAAGACUAAAAUGUUGACAUACUUUUGGCAUGGCUGUAAUGACUAUUAAUUUUUCUCAGGUUAAAGAGGAGAGCUCAUUACCCGAAGAAGAACAUGAGCUUGCCAGCCUAUCUUUGCACCCUCCAAAUCCAAAAGGCUUUGGGGUUCAUACAGAUAUCCAGGAUGUCGACAUCGAGGAUUAUUAUAGGAGGAUUGUUCAGGAAAAUCCUUGCAACCCUCUGGUUCUAAGCAAUUAUGCCCGAUUCUUACAUGAGGUGGAAUUUGUUUAUCCCAAUCAACUUUUUUGCAUAAUUAGCUCAUUUGCUUAACAUCUGCACGACUGCAUA